AUGGAAACACUGUGCAGAGAACGAGGUAUUGGAAGUGUGUCGUAUUCCCCUCUGCGGCGUGGCUUCUUGUGGAUAGAAGGCAGCAGUGGAGAGUAUCAAAUGAGGAAGCGUAUUGGUAACAUCGGGGCUGCAAAUAGAAAUGGUGGAAGGGCAUCCAUCCAGCAGACGGUAGCAUGGAGUUUGAGAGUACUGAAGUUUGAGAGUACUGAAGAGGCAGAAUCAUUCUAUAUAAUUCCUGAAUGUGUUAGUUUCAUGAGGCCUCAUAGAAAGGUUGGGAAGUCGGACCUGCAACAGGCAGUAGUUAUGCAACAAGCAGGCAUAAGAACAAGUCAUAUUAUGAGACUACUAGCUGUACAGGCUAGAGGAUACCACAACUUGGGCUUUCAUGAAACUGAUAUGUACAAUGCGCUAAAUCGAGAGAGGCAGGUAGCAGUUGGUGAUGGGGACAGCGAUUCGGCAAUUGCAUUCUUGUUAGGCAAGCAACGAGGUGAUCCGAAUUUAUUUUUCAAAUAUUCUGUAGAUGCCCAUGGCCAUCUGAAUCGCCUGCUUUGGGCUGAUUCAGUGUGUAGAGACGACUAUAGAUAUUUUGGUGAUGUGCUGGUGUUUGACAGCACGUAUAGUACAAACCAGUACAGAUUUCCAUUGGUUGUGUUGUGUGGGGUUAACAAUCACUAUUCCACACGUAUCUUUGCAUGUACUUUUAUCGUUCAUGAAGGAGAUAAGGGAUACAAUUGGGUUAUAAGUACAUUCUUAGAAGCAAUGCAUGGGAGGAAACCGAUAGCAGUUGUGAUAGAUGGGGACAAGUCAAUGCGAAAGUGCAUUAAAAAUUUGAUGCUUACAGCUAAGCAUAGACUUUGCAGCUUUCAUUUGGAAAUGAAUGCAGCCACAAAUGUAAGGGACAAAGAGUUCCUGUAG